AUGCGGCAAUGGGCUGCAAUACUUUAUAGGAUAUUAAAUGUAAAGUUUGUUCGUCACUGUUCCCAUUUAAAUAUGGGUCCUAAAAGAAUAGCAGUGUGUCAAAUGACUUCCGUUGCAGACAAGGCUUCGAACUUGCAAGUUAUCACUAAGCUUGUAAGUGAUGCCAUUCAGGAUAAAGUUCAGAUGUUAUUUUUUCCUGAAGCAUGUGAUUAUUUGUGUGACAAUAAACAGGAUACACUCAAUUUUGCAGAGCCCUUACUUACAGGUGAUACUGUUCAAAACUAUAGACAAUUGGCUGCUAAAUAUAAUGUAUGGUUAUCUAUGGGAGGAGUGCAUGAAAAGGAUGAAAACAGCCCCACAAAAAUGUUUAAUACUCAUGUCAUCAUAGACAAUACUGGUGAAAUAGUACAGACAUACAGAAAGUUGCACUUAUUUGAUGUAGAGAUUCCAGAAAAGAAUGUACGUUUGAAGGAAAGCGAUUUUACCAUUCCUGGUAGUCAUGUAGUUACCCCUGUGGAUACACCUGUUGGUAGAAUUGGACUGGCGAUAUGCUACGACAUGCGUUUCCCGGAGCUAAGCACAGCACUCGGUUCCAUGAGAUCAGACAUUCUAACUUACCCGUCGGCAUUCACUUACACCACUGGUGUGGCACAUUGGCAUCUACUUCUCAGGGCCAGAGCCAUCGAGAAUCAGUGCUACGUGAUAGCGGCAGCGCAAACCGGCCACCAUAACGCCAAGAGGCGCUCCUUCGGGCACGCGCUUGUCGUGGACCCCUGGGGCGAAGUCCUAGCCGACUGCGGGGAGUCGGCCCCCUGCUAUAAAGUCGUCGAAAUGUCGCCCGACAGGCUGGCCGAUGUCAGACGGAAUAUGCCCGUUUUUCAGCAUCGAAGAACGGACAUUUACUCGCUGUACACGCUUAGUCUGCGAAACAAGCUGUUACCGGAGCACACCAGCGCCCCCCACGCGUGCGAAUCCGCCGAGGGCCGAACGCGGGACUCGACAGUGGACGAGCCGACGUACGUCUUCGGCACGGCGAGGGUGCCGGAGUCUUGCGUCUUCUACAAGUCCAGGCUGACCUACGCCUUCGUCAACUUGAGAUGCGUCACACCAGGCCACGUUCUCGUAGCGCCAUUGCGUUUGGCCGAAAGGAACGAAGACCUCACUGAUGAGGAGGCCGCGGACUUCUUCAAAACCGCCCGCUUGAUUCAGAAGUUGAUGGAGACGGUGCACGGUGCGAACUCGUGUACGGUGACCAUUCAAGACGGACCGGAAGCCGGACAAACCGUUAAGCAUCUCCACUGUCACAUACUGCCGAGGAAGAAAGGCGACUUCCUAGAAAACGACCACAUCUAUCUGGAGCUAGCGAAACACGACAAAGUAUCAUCGCACCCAAGAAAACCAGCGAGGAGCUUGCAGGAAAUGAGGGAGGAAGCCGCAAUGUUACGAGAAAAACUCGAAACAAUGUUAACUCCAAUCGAGACACACAAA